CGUGCGCCUCCGCAGCCUCCAAGCCCGGGCGCUGUCCGCUGGGUGCGUCCGCUGCCCGAGCCCCCGCGCUGUCCCCUGCGCACGUCCUGCGCUUCCCAGUGCCGCCAUGCUCCUGCUGCUGGGGUUGUGCUUGGGGCUGCCCCUCUGCGCGGUGUCGCUGGAAGAGGCGAAGAGCUGGGGUGACACUUCGGAGCGAGUUGGACUCAGGGUCCCGAGGCAAGUCCGGCUGCUGCAAAGGCUGAAAACCAAACCCUUGAUGACAGAAUUCUCAGUGAAGUCUACCAUUAUUUCUCGCUAUGCCUUCACUACGGUUUCCUGCAGAAUGCUGAAUCGAGCAUCUGAGGACCAGGAAGUUGAGUUCCUGAUGCAGAUUCCAGCCGCAGCUUUCAUCACCAACUUCACUAUGCUUAUUGGUGACAAGGUGUAUCAGGGAGAAAUUACAGAGCGAGAAAAGAAAAAUGGUGAUAAGAUAAAAGAGAAAAGGAAUAAAACAGAAGAUAAUGGGGAGAGGGGGACUGAGACGUUCAGAGCCUCCUUGGUGAUUCCCAGCAAGGAGAAAGCUGUCUUCCUCCUCAGUUAUGAAGAGCUCUUGCAGAGGCGGCUGGGAAAGUAUGAGCACGUCAUCAGCGUGCGACCCCAGCAGCUCGUCGGGAAGCUGACGGUGGAAGUGAAUAUCCUGGAGAGGUCAGGCAUCGCGUCGCUGGAGGUGCUGCCUCUGCUCAACAGCAGACAGAAGGGCAGCGGGAGGGCGGAAGGUGGUGCUAGGUCGCCUCCUUCUACUGUUAUCAACCAAAAUGAAACGUUCGCCAAAGUCUUUUUUAAGCCUAGUGUGAUACAACAAGCCAGGAUUGCCCAGAAUGGCAUUCUGGGAGACUUCAUCAUUCAAUAUGAUGUCAAUAGGGAACAGAGCGUUGGGGACAUCCAGGUUCUAAAUGACUAUUUUGUGCACUACUUUGCUCCCAAAGACCUUCCUCCGUUACCCAAGAAUGUGGUAUUUGUGCUUGACACCAGUGCCUCCAUGGUAGGAACCAAACUCCGGCAGACCAAGGAUGCCCUCUUCACAAUUCUCCAUGACCUCCGACCCCAGGAUCACUUCAGUAUCAUUGGAUUUUCCAACCGAAUCAAAGUGUGGCAGGACCACUUGGUGUCAGUUACUCCAGACAAUAUCAGAGAUGCCAAAGUCUAUAUUCACCACAUGUCGCCCACCGGAGGUACAGACAUCAACGGGGCCCUGCAGAGGGCCAUCAGGCUUCUCAACAACUAUGUGGCCCACAAUGACAUUGAGGACCGCAGCGUGUCCCUCAUCAUCUUCCUGACGGACGGGAAACCCACUGUUGGGGAGACCCAUACCCUCACGAUCCUCAACAACACCAAGGAGGCCGCCCGAGGCCAAGUCUGCAUCUUCACCAUCGGCAUCGGGAAUGACGUGGACUUCAAGCUGCUGGAGAAACUGUCGCUGGAGAACUGUGGCCUCACCCGGCGCGUUCAUGAGGAGGAUGACGCGGGCUCACAGCUCAUCGGGUCUGUUGUGUGCCUUCUCGGGACAAGGGGAGGCUGUCAGGGGGUGGAGGGUUGGUGGUUGUCCCCUACCUUCUCUUUUCUAGGACCUGCUCUCAAGAAACCUUACAACCCAAGAAUUAAAAUCUCCAAGACAUCAGCGGAUGGAGACCCCCAUUUUGUUGUGGAUUUCCCCUUGAACAAGCUCACUGUCUGCUUCAACAUUGAUGGGCAGCCAGGGGACAUCCUAAGGCUGGUCUCUGAUCAUGUGGACUCCGGUGUGACGGUGAACGGAGAGUUAAUCGGGGCCCCGGCUCCCCCCAAUGGCCACAAGAAACAGCGCACUUACUUCCGCACCAUCACCAUCCUGGUCAACAAGCCUGAGAGGUCGUACCUGGAGGUCACACCGCGCAGAGUCAUCCUGGAUGGAGGGGACAGGCUGGUCCUCCCUUGCAACCAGAGCGUGGUGGUGGGCAGUCGGGGGCUGGAAGUGUCGGUGUCCGCCAACGCCAACAUCACCGUCACCAUCCAGGGCACCGUGGCCUUUGUUAUCCUCAUUCACCUCUACAAGAAGCCGGCCCCCUACCAGCGAGACCACCUGGGUUUCUACAUCUCCAACAGCAAAGGCCUUUCUGGCAACUGCCAUGGACUGUUAGGUCAGUUCCUGAACCAGGAUGCCAGACUCACAGCGGAGCCAGCCGGGCUCAGCAAGAACGCUACUCGUCUUCCACUCUCCAUGACAGGCGAGGGGUCUGAGGCCGUCCUGAAAGUGAAAGGGCACCAGGUCCCGGUGGUCUGGAAACAGAGGAAAAUCUACAACGGGGAGGCGCAGAUAGACUGCUGGUUUGCCAGGAAUGCCGCCCAGCUGCUCGACGGCGAGUACAAGGAUUACCUGGCAGCCCAUCCUUUUGACUCAGAGACUACGUUCGGCCUGGGACUAUCCAGGGGACUCUGACACUAGCAGCCUUAAUGUAAGAGUGCAUGACAAGGAAAUGGCCUAUGGGGACACUGUGGUGUGGUUCUUGUCCCUGGCACGUGCCUUCUCUCUUGGCAGUUGGCUGCAACCCGUGGCCUGCCCCUGGUGGCCUGUAGGUCUGACAUCCUUGAGCAAAGGGUAAGGUCAGGAAGCUGGAGCGAGAUGUUAUUUCCUCCGCUUCCUCCUCCUAUGUCCCCCUCCUUAUGUACAAUAGAGAAAGCUGGUAGCACCAAGGUGGAGAAGGGCAUAGUUAAAAGCAAGAAGUCUGUGUCUUGUACCAACUGGCUUGUCAGUCUCAUGCCUACCAUAAAGUAACUCUGAUGAAGGACGGUUGCUGCAAAGUUUGUUUUCUCUGUGGAAAUGGCCACAUUUGGGCACACUGCUUUUCGCCUUGUAAAUGCUUAGGAACCUGUCCUCUUAGUACUGCUGCGACCUCCAGAAGUGUGGCCAGCCUCUGCUUCAGGUGACCUUCUCAUGGAGUCCAGGCCACGAGUCAUGCAAAUAGCACAUAGAUUUAAUCACUGUAAAUCACUAAGUCUUUUCUUGGGAGAGGACUUUCUUCGGCUGUGAUAGCUUGCCCUUGAAAAUUAGUUUCCAUUUUUAUGUUUUAAAAUAAUUGAGUGAAAAUAGAAAAUCUAUAUCCCAGCUCCCCUUGUCCUUCCAAUGGGCUUUGUAAACCACUUGACUUUGCCAAUGGAUAGUCUCUUAUUUAUUCCAGUAAGCUAAGUGCUUUUAAUAAACAGGACAACCCCA